AGGUUUCUGGAUUCAAUCCCCUUUGUUGUGGCAGCAUAGACUGUACGGAUAUAAUGGAUAGGAUGCUGCUGUGCAGUGAAGAAAUAAAUGGAUGGAUGGAGGAAUUCGGCACGAUUUGCUUGUCCGGUGGGGCAUCGAGACUGCCCCGCCUCGUCGUUAUCUGUGCGUGUGCGUGUGCGUGUUCGUGUGCGUAUUCGUAUUCGUAUUCUUAUUCGUUUCGGCAGUUGCAAACACCGUCAUCGGCCUGCGUGCUGCAACCCGCGGUGCGGCAAGAACCCGCACGAGCAUCCCGCUGCUUUGGCGGCUUAUUUCUUCUUUCUGGCGAUCUUGUUCCUCUUGUUGUUCUUCUUGGCGGAAGCGGCGGCCCCGCCCUCCCUGUUGCGAAAGUAGAUGCUGUACUGGAGGGCCGUGGCGACGGCGACCCACCCGCAGGUGGGGACCAUGUACCACCCGGCCCAGACGUCGAUCCCGUAGAAGAGGUAGGCGCUGGCCAGCAGGGCGGCAAAGAACAGGGUGAUGACGACCGUUCCGGAUCCGAUGCACUCGAGGCCGAAAAAGACCUUGUUCCAGGUCUGGUGCGGGAGCGGGAGCCGAAGACAGCAUAGGGUGGGUCCGGCAUACACCACGGCGCGUGGGAGAAACGAGAGGGAAAAAAGUGCGGUGCAGAAAAAAAAACCAAAAGUGAGUGCACCACCCACCACGGCAUAAUGCUCGCAACAUUGUCCAUUCGCGCAAUGCAAUGCAAUGCAAAUCCACCAAGGCAAGACAGCAACACAGCACACMAAGGCAAGACCGCAAAAACACUACGCGGUCUGUCUGUCUCUCUCUCUCUCUGUUUGUUCGCGCUCUAUGGCAUGGUACGUACGUCCCCGAGCGCCAGCAUGGAAGCAUAGACGGCGAGGGGCACCAGGGGCAGGGCCUCCACGGCCCCCGUCUCGGCGUUCCGGGAAAGGCCGUGCUUGAAGAUCCGCGAGGUCGCGCACAGCUGCGUCGGCUUGCUGACGACGAGCCACAUGAUGGGAAAGGCCCACCCGGGGGGGUUCCACCAGGGCUUGUCGAGGCCCGAGUACCAGCCGGCCUCCCCCGUGACCUCGGUCGGUUUGAGGGCCUGCAUGGAGGCCGCCGAGAGGCCCCCGUCGAGGACCGCCCCGACGAUGCUGGACCCAAAGACCACCAGCAUGGAGGCCAGGAGCGUCACCAGGGGCUCGCCCAGGACCUUGGCGGGCAGGGCGUUCUCGUACUUGAGGCCCGCCAGGAGGAUCCCCAGGAGGCCGGCCGCCUCGGCAGCGGCCUGGAUCUCGAGCUUGAGAAAGAGGGCCGGGGUCGAGUCGCUGCAGGCGCCGCCGCGGGGGAUCGCGGCAGAAACAGAAGAAACAGAAUCGGCCGAAACAGAAACAGAAACAGAAACCGAAUCGGCAAGGCCACUCUUCCCGGCCGCGUCGCGGAGGCGGUGGCCCUCCCCCCCUCGGACGAGGAAGGGGGCCCUGCCGGUGGCCCGGAACGGCGAGGCGCCGGCGGCUUGCGGGACGGCGGUCGCCGCCGCGAGGCAGAGGAGGGCCGGGAUCGAAAGGAGCUUCAUGUUUGUGCUGCGAGAAGGGUGGUGUAGUGUAGUGGAGGUGGUGUAGAACAGUGGAGGUGGUGCGGAUCGGAGGGAGGGGAAGGCGAAAUCGAAAUCGAAAUCGAAAUGCCGUGUCGUUUGCUCUUUUUCGCUUGGGGGGGGUUUGUUCGUUAGGAACGGAUGCCUUGCCUCGGGUGACCCACCCAAACAGCGGGGAACCUUCCGUAGGGUCUCGCGUGACACUUUUCCCACUCCCCACGAAAGAUACCCUCCCCUACCGAUACAACGUGAUUCUACGGAAUGUCGUGCUUGAACGACGAUGACGAGGAUCGGAUCGAUGUUCCGACGCCGGUCCCGUGCCUGGUACUCGUACUAGUAUUUGUACGUGUCACUUACAGUACAAACUCGACUCGACUCGACUCGACUCGAUUUUGUAGGCUUCCCAACGGUAUGAUUUGUGCCAACCAUCGAGUACUGUACGGUCCGUACAGAUACGUACGUACUCGGAGCACUCGUACCGGUACGUACCGGUAUGUACGUCCUGGUACGAACUCCAAAAUUUGACACGUUGUGAAAAAAAAGUGUCCGGAAAACUGAUGCCGUCAACUAACACCUAGUCUAGUCUUUUUGAACCAUGCGCGCGAUGAGAAAUCGCGCGGAAACAGAUGGGGGGGGUCGGGGGCGCGGAAUCAUCGAAAAAUUUGGGGGAAUCAAUCAAAGGACGAACAACGCUAGCCCGGAUCGGCAACGAGAAACUGCUCCAAUACAAGGACCGACCCCCAACAACGAUCCCGGAUCUGUUCCUCGGCCGAACAGAUUCCGAGAAAGAUAAGAAAAAACAGAAACCGAAACCAAAGACGCAACGCAACGAGACACGACACGACGCGACAAGACCUAGCUCGCACGCGAUAGCAUCGAAACGAACAACCUCGCUCCCCGCGCCUCCUUCCAACCGCACGCACACCACCGGCAUGGCGGCGACUCCCGGCUCCCCGGCCCCGAAGCGCCGCAAGACGCAACAACAACAACAACAACAACAGCAACAACCGCUGCAAGCCGACGCGGCGGACGACCCCCCGCUGUGGGGCCCGCACUACCACCCCCGCUCCUUUGUGACGUGGAACUGCAACGGCUUUGGGACCCGCGCGAGGCACGACGCCGACCGGCUAGGGGCCCUCGUCGCGGAAACAGGCAGCAACGGAAGCAGCAGCCAUGGCCCCGACGUUUUCUGCCUCCAGGAGGCCCGCCUGAGGGCCUCGGGGCCCGGGCACCGGAAGGGGACGCCCCUGCCGGAAGGGGACAACGGGGGCUUUGUCGGGAAGGCCCUCGCGCGGGCCUUUGGGGACUACGAGGCGGUGUGGUCCCUGGCCGACACCAAGUACGCUGGGACGCUCACGCUGAUCAAGAGGGACUGCCUGGAACGGGCCAAGAGCGGAAGCAAAAGCAGUGGCGGCGACUUUUGCGCCUUUACGGCGGACUCGGCGAUCGAUCUGUUGCUCCGCCGCCUGGGGACCACCCGGGAGGAGUGUGGCCUGCUUGAGCCGGCCCGCGAAGCCAGGGCCGUGGCCCCCGCGUCCCCCUCCAAGAAACCGAAAGCGAAACCGAAACCGAAGCACACGCAGACCUCGCUGGCGUCCUUCUUUGCCCCCAAGGCCGCGAAGGGGAAGGCCGGGGGGGCUUCCGGUCCCGCACCCGGGCAGAGAAUCCUCCCCCACCACCCCGAGGGGCGCUUCCAGUUCUUUUUCUUUCCCGGGAUGGACCUCCUGCAGACCUACGUGCCCAACAACGGCACCAGGGACGAGUCCUUUCAACGGCGGGCCGUUUGGGACGGGGAGAUGAAGCGGUUCUUUCGAGACCGCAAGAAAAUCCUCGGGGKGGUGGCCUCCCGCAACAACAACAGCAACAGCAAAAACAACCACCACCAAAACCACGUGGAUGCCUCGGUGGAUCGAAAACUCUUGUGGUGCGGUACGUCCCGAUCGCCCGUGGUGCAGAGGUGCAGCAAAACAGCAUCCUGCGGUACAUCGGCCGCACUGGAUCCAUCGCUGCGGCGUGCCUUCUGCGAACAAUCACUCACAGCUUGUCCUGUUCGUUUCGCGUGUUUGAAAACGAUGGCUCACUAAGGCGACAUGAACGUGACUGUGGACUAUCGCGACGGUUCUCACUGGGAAAAACGAACCAAGACCAACGCGAGCCGGAACGGGAACGACCCCACCAAUGCCGGGGACAAGGAGCAGGAUGGCGAUGGCGGUAGCGAAACCAUCUACGAGUGGUUCCGAGACACCAAGGUGUGCUACAGCAGGUUUAGCGAUAACUUCAAGAAUCCCCCCCGGCUGGAAGAAAACAGGGGCAUGCCGGGAUUCACCACCGCCGAGCGCCGCCGGUUUGCCGAGCUGCUCGAAGAGGGAGACUUCUGCGACGUCUGGAGGGAGCAGCACCCGAACGGGGAGGGAGGGAUUCUUGGCCGCGGGACCCACGGAAACGAGAGCAAGGGCGGCCCUCCCGCCUCCCCCUGGGACCUCCCGAACUACACCUGGAGGGGGGCCCUCUCCAGGGACCCGGCCGGGGUGGCCCGGUACCAGGGCAGGGGGAUGCGCCUCGACUACUUUUUGUUGUCGCCCUCGCGGCUCGGUGCCCGGGCUUUCCGGGGGGGAGGAGCCAGCUGCUCCAUCCGGGGGCACGGAAGCCUCCGGGAGGGCCUCUUUUGCGGGUCGGACCACUGCGCCGUGGAGCUCCUCCUGGGAAGGGGCCGCACAAGCGGAGGACCCCGAGACGAACCACCCCACGCCAGAGGCGGAACCGACGACGAUCGCCCCGAGCUCGACGGAGCCCUGCUGGUUUGACGCUGUUACCUCGGCGCCACAACGCAUUCGCAUCCGACCUAGUUACGUAGUACUACGGUACUGAGGUACAUCAAAGUAAGAGUUCUAAACGAAAUAACUAGAUAGGGCGGAACAGUAACCCUUAGCUGGCUACAAUAAUUUAGGAUAAUGCAAUACGUUUUUGAAAUCUUAGUGCCGUGAUAGGAGACGGCAUGGAAUAAAACCCAAAAAGGCACACAAAAGAGGAGAGGAAAUGGGCAGCAGAAGCGGCGUGGGCAAAACGAGCAACCAACCAACCAACAAGCCGCUUAGCGGAAUCGCUUGAGCUUCUUCUGGUUGCGUCGGAGCCAGGCGGCCUUCCAGGAUCCUCCCUUUCGGCCGUUGGCCCGGUGUCCGGACUUGCGGAUUCCGCGUCCCUUGCGUCCGGCGCUGGUGAGUCCGCGCAUCUCGCGGUGCUUGUGGACGGGGUUGACGAUCCAGUUGAUGCGGGGAUCGUUGCGGAUCUUCUGGUGGGAAGGAUCGAUGAGGAUGACCUCGUAGUAUUUCAUGGUGGCGUCCUGGUUGACCCAGUACGAGUUGAGGACGCGGAGGUUGGAGUACCGGCGUCCGGCCUUUUCCUCGGCGACGGACUGGAGGUUGCGCUCGAACUUGAGGUGGUUGAUACCCUGGUGCUUGGGCUUACCGAAUACCAUACCACGGUGGUUCUGUCGCUUGCGUCCCCCACGUCGGACUCCGGCGCGGACAAUCACGUAUCC